CACGCGCCCUGCCCACCAUGUAGCUCGUACUUGUGUAGCAGUCAGUCUAGCUGCAGCAGUUUGCACACAGACAAACAUCGGCGGGGCUCAAGUGGGCUUCUUUUUGACGGUGGAAGUAUCCCAGCAGCCAGAGCCCAGGGCGGCCGGUGGUAGUGGGAGGAGGCAGAGCGUCCGCAGCUGCAGCACCGCACAGCCUCUUUGAAACCCGCAAGAAGAAGGAGCCGCCCGCAUCAACCGAUGUCAACGGAGCUGUCUGAAGGCCGGGACCUCAACGGGUUGGGAGAGCAGGCAACAGACGGGCAGACCAGACUGCAAGACAUCUGCAGUGGCACAGCGGCCGGAAGCAUGGCGUCCAUACCAGAAUACUACGCUGGCAAGAGUGUGCUGAUAACAGGGGCCACGGGCUUCAUGGGAAAAGUGCUGGUGGAGAAGCUGCUGAGGUCAUGCCCGGAGGUCAAAGCCCUCUACCUCCUGGUCAGACCCAAAGCUGGGCAGUCCAUGCAGCAGAGGGUCAGCGACAUGAUGGCGUGCAAACUUUUUGACAGAGUGCGGGAGGACAACCCAGACUUCCACCAGAAGAUCAUCCCCAUCAGCAGCGAGCUGACGCAGCCUGGCCUGGCCAUCAGCCCAGAGGAUGUGGAGAAGCUCACCUCCUGCAUCGACGUCAUCUUCCACUGCGCCGCCACCAUCCGCUUCGACGAGCCGCUCAAACACGCACUGCAGCUGAAUGUGAUCGCCACACAGCAGCUCCUCAACCUGGCCCAGCAGAUGCGCCACCUCGGGGCCUUCGUUCACAUCUCCACCGCCUAUGCAAACUGCAAUCGCAAGCACAUCGAUGAGGUCAUCUACCCGCCACCCGUGGAGCCUAAGAAACUCAUUGAGUCUCUCGAGUGGAUGGAUGAUGGAAUGGUGCAGGACAUCACACCGCGGCUUAUCAGCGACAGGCCCAACACAUACACCUACACCAAAGCCCUGGCUGAGUAUAUGGUGCAGCAGGAGCAAGACAAGCUCAACAUAGCCAUCAUCAGACCUUCCAUAGUGGGAGCCAGCUGGCAGGAGCCUUUUCCUGGUUGGAUUGACAACUUCAACGGGCCGAGUGGAAUCUUUAUAGCUGCUGGCAAGGGGAUCUUGCGCACUAUGAGAGCCAACAACGAUGCGGUUGCUGACCUGAUCCCUGUGGACGUGGUCAUCAACCUCACCCUGGCAGCUGGCUGGUACACCGCUGUACACAGAAGGAAAACAGAAAAACAGAAAAAUAUAAGACCUAAGACAGCUCUGGUGUACAACUGCACGACCGGUGGCAUCAACCCGUUCCACUGGGGAGAGAUUGAGCACCAUGUGAUGUCGUCCUUCAAAAGGAACCCGCUGGAGCAGGCUUUCCGUAGGCCCAAUGCCAACAUCACCUCCAACUACCUGAUGAACCAGUACUGGAUCCUGGUCAGCCACAAGUUCCCUGCCCUCAUCUACGACCUCAUCCUGCGACUCUCUGGACAAAAGCCACAGAUGAUGCGCAUCUUCAACCGUCUCCACAAGGCCAUCAGCCUGCUGGAGUAUUUCAGCAGCCAGGACUGGGAGUGGAACUCUGAGAACAUGAGCAUGCUGAUGAGCCAGCUCACCCCAGAGGACAGGAAGACAUUUAACUUUGAUGUGCGCCAGCUGAACUGGCCUGAGUACAUUGAGAAUUAUUGCAUUGGCACCAAGAAGUACGUCCUGAAUGAAGACAUGUCUGACAUUCCUGCUGCCAGGCAGCAUCUGAGGAAACUGAGGAACAUCCGCUACACCUUCAACACCCUGUUGGUCGUUUUCAUCUGGAGGGUUUUCAUCGCCCGCUCCCAGAUGGCCAGAAACAUCUGGUACUUUGUGGUCAGCCUCUGUUUCAAGUUCCUCUCCUACUUCCGCGCAUCCAGCACCUUAACCAACUGAGUCUUCCUCACUGCCUCAAGCCCGAGACAGCAGCCCUCGCCUUUAGCUGUCGGCAGGACGUAAAAUCUGAGGCUCUGGCCAUCUAUAAAGGACACUCCAAAUCCAACUUUUAGUGUGGAUUAGCAGAGGCCUCUCUAUUGGUGGGGGCUGCAGUCAAUUGAAGCACUUAAAAGUGGGGGGGGAGGUCUGCUAGCCAUGACUUAUUUGUUUAGUUUGGAAAUCUGUCAUCAGCACCUGCACUGUCACCAGACCCUGUCCAAAAAAUGUUGUCUUUUUGCUCCUACUGUUUUCUUCUCAAAGUGGCCAAUUAUAUAUGCAACAAUAAGCCUUCUGGGUGACUUCCAUUUUUCUUUCCCACAUCAUUGUUUCCAUCCUCUUGAAUCGAGGUACAUUGCCUUGCCUUGUGAUGAUUUUUUUUCAUACUUGAAAUAUGGCAGUGCUUCAGUGUAGGACAAUUUCUACGAAGAUUGUUUUGGUUCUGUUUUUUUACUGUGGGAAUAUCCAAUUCCUCUCUUUAAUACACAGGUGAUUGGGAUAUCUGUAUGUCUUGCAUUAGGUGUAUCGACUGCCUUUUUAAGAUUACACCCAAAAACUAAGUGGUGGUUAUCUGUCUCAAGGCCAUCUACAGAUUAUUGAGACUAGUAUUACAGCUAAAUUUAGACCCCACAAGACAACUGUGUCACUACAAAUACCAAAACAUACAGGUCUACCAUCCUUCCUUCUGUUGAGGUUGUCACUUAUCACAAAUUAUGUCAGUAUAUCUUUGAACAUGGACCUUGUUAGUUUGAAUGCUCAUCCACUUUUUGCCUGUUUGUACAGCAGUUUGUACUGAAACUAAGUUUACUACUUUUGCAUCUUUAUACUUGCGUCAAAAGCUAGUCUGAUAUGUGGUAGACCUUGGCAGUGUAUAAUAUAUAAAUAAGAGUACAUCAGAGUCAAGUUUAUUUGUAUAGUCCAGUAUCAGACACUGCAUGUCUCCCAGCAGUUCCCAACCAAGGCCAUGUUUUCUAAGAAGACAAAAGUAAUUUCCUAGAACGGUCCCCUCUCUCCUUGUACAGCUAGGGGUGAAAUAGGAGUCAUAUGUGGUUAAUUACCAUUAAGUUAGAAAUUCCAAAUUCAUCAAUGGGAUUCUAAAAGGUCCAACGGUAAUGUGGUAAAUCCAAUAUUUAGAAGUCCAAGGAAUGGGUCCAGUAUCAGUGAUUCAAAUAGUUCCAUGUCCAAGACUGUAAGUAUGUGAAUUUUGGGGGACCAAGCGUGAAAGCAGGCAAUUUAGUGGGUUAGGGAGAAAGAUGGAGGAAACCUAGCCCCCAGUUUGUGCCUCUUGUGUAUUAGCGUUACAUUUGAGUCCCAUCCAUCCCACCCGUUUCUCUGUAAAAUAUUACCCGGAGAUGUCUGGAAAACCUAGGCAGGUAUUUCUAGAAACCUAAGACUCUAUACUGUCUGGAUGGAAAAGAAUGUUCCAUCCGCUGCAUAAAGAUUUUCAACCCAAGUUGUAACUCUGCUUGCUAAUCCACACAAAGAUGGCAGCCCGCUGGUCAUCUGGUUAAGAAACUGAGUCUUGGGAAACGGAUCAAAAUUGGGAAAUCUUUUUUUAUCAUUUAGCUUUUUGGUCAGAUGAGUCCUUGAGGUUUCUAGAAAUGCAGACCAGCAUUAAAUGUUACAUGUCCAUGUGAAGAUAAAGGCACUAUUGUGAUUAAGAUAUCUUUUAGGUCUCGAGGCAGGCCUCUGGAUACUGAAGAGGUUAUGAUGUUUGUUAGGUUUAUCUUUCUUAGUCAAACCUUUCAUGUGAGAAAAGCAGGAUCUUUUUCAAACAGCAAGUAAACCGGACAGAACAUGGCAAUGAUUGAUGAUGCUGCAAGUGAUUCCAACAAAUGGAAGAAUAUUGUGAAAAGACUGGAGGGUUGCCACACCUUACUUAAUGCAGUGACGGGCUACUAUAUUCGAGUCAAACUGUGAUCUGUAUCUUAGUCUGGACCUAAAUCACAAAAGUGCUAGGUUAAAAAUGAGGGACCCAAGGCCCUCCUGGUAUUAUAUCCUGGACCCCAGUUUAGAAGAUCUGUAAAUAGUUGAACUAAAUAUUAUUCUUGUAGACCAAAAAUUGUAUUUGACUGUUAAUUUUUGCAUGGUGAGUGUCUUCACAGGAUUCCACCACAGAGCUUCCCACAGAGUCUACCAAAAGUGUUGAGUGUGACAGGCAAGUCUGAUUUUUACUAAACAAAUGAGAAAACUGUGUACUGUAUAUGUUGAAAGGCUUGACUCUUGACAGAAUACACAUACUUAACAGUUAUGAGCCUUUAUGGAAGGAAAAGGGACAAAACUAAAUAAAUGUUUAUGCAAA